UGGGGCCCCCGGGCAAUAGGGGAUCAUGGGGCCCCUGUGUCCUUGCCCAAACUAAAAAAAGCCUAUGAAAAAGGUACCAGGGGCAUCUCAUGGGGCCCCCUACUGACCCCGGGCCCUCGGACAGUGCCCGAGUUUCCAAAUGGUCAGUCCGCCCCUGCGGUUGUAUAAUAUAAAUGAGCAACCUAGAGCCCUAACUGUUCCUGGCCCACCCCUUUUAUUUGAUUGGAUUUCAGUUGUUUCAUUCAUGGAAGGUCAGCAUCAAAUGUGAGCGUUUUGUAGGG